AUGUAGUAUCUACUUUUUCUUUGUGUCUAUUUAUAAGCGCAACGUAACAAAUUAAAAGGCAUCGAUCGAUAAAUAAGUCUAAUCCCAGAUCAGAUUAAUAGGAUUACAGUACUAUACUCUUAAAUCUCUAUUCAUCUCUCCGCUUAAGUCUCUCGACUAAUCUCUUUUCUAUAUAAACUCUCCCUUGAUCCAUUUCCCCUCGCAAACUUCAUUUCCCUCUUUUCUCAUUUUCUCCAACAAAAAUGGCGUCUCCUAAACCCUUUUUCUCUCUCCUCAUAUUCCUCUCCCUCCUUUCUCUCUCUUUUGCCAUUGACAGGUCGAUCAUCACCUACGAUCGCAACCACAACAUCGUAUCAUCAUCGGCGAGGACCGAUGCCGAGGUGAUGCAAAUUUACGAGUCAUGGCUAGUUAAACACCGUAAGAAUUACAAUGCGUUGGGAGAAAAGGAGAGGAGAUUUGAAAUCUUCAAGGAUAACUUGAAUUUAAUAGAUCAACAUAAUUCUGAUGAAUCACAAACUUUUAAAUUAGGGCUUAAUAAGUUCGCUGAUUUGACUAAUGAUGAGUUUAGAUCUAUUUACCUAGGGAAGAAGACGAGAAAAUCUUCAAUGAGAUCGCUGUCUAAGACGAAAUUAAAGAGUGAUCGGUAUGCAUUUAAGGAAGGUGAUAAUUUGCCGGAAUCUGUUGAUUGGAGAGAGAAAGGUGCUGUUGCUUCCAUCAAAGAUCAAGGACAGUGCGGGAGCUGUUGGGCCUUCUCCGCAAUUUCUGCCGUGGAAGGAAUAAACCAAAUCGUUACUGGGGAUAUGGUUGCAUUGUCUGAACAAGAACUUGUUGAUUGUGACACUUCUUUCAACGCUGGAUGUGAUGGUGGUCUUAUGGACUACGCAUUUCAAUUCAUUAUAAACAAUGGUGGCAUUGAUACUGAAGCAGAUUAUCCUUAUAAACAGAAGGACGGAACUUGUGAUCAGGCCAAAAAGAAUGCCAAGGUUGUCACAAUUGAUGGAUUUGAAGAUGUUCCUGAAAAUGAUGAGAAGGCAUUGCAGAAGGCAGUUGCCAACCAGCCAGUAAGUGUUGCUAUUGAAGCCGGUGGCUAUGCCUUCCAGUUAUAUCAGUCGGGUGUUUUCACCGGACACUGUGGAUCGGACGUGGAUCAUGGUGUUACAGCUGUUGGUUAUGGCACUGAGGAUGGCAAAGAUUACUGGCUUGUGAAGAAUUCUUGGGGCGCUGACUGGGGAGAGGAUGGGUACAUAAGGGUUGAGAGGAAUGCUAAGAACUUGAGCUCCGGCAAGUGUGGUAUUGCCAUUGAGGCCUCUUACCCGGUCAAAACUAGUGCGAAUCCUCCAAACCCAGGCCCGACCCCACCAUCUCCACCUUCAGCCCUUGUAACUUGUGAUUCUUACUAUUCCUGCCCUUCCGCUACCACCUGCUGCUGUGUCUUUGAGUACGGAUCUUACUGCUUUGCCUGGGGUUGCUGCCCAUUGGAGUCUGCUGUCUGCUGUCCUGAUAACUCGAGCUGCUGUCCCCAUGACUAUCCCAUCUGCAACAUUAAGAAGGGUACUUGCAAUGCGAGCAAGAACAGCCCAUUCAGUGUUAAGGCAAUGAAGCGUACUCCUGCAAAGAUGCUGUCUUUUUUGUAAAGCACUUAACAUUGCAACAAAAAAAGAUUUCUCAACUUAGGCAACAUCCAGAUCGUGCUGCGGGACAACAGUUGCUAAGUUGGCUGAUUCUCAUCUCAUUUAAGUAAAAAUGCAGAUUCUUGACCAUGCAUUGUUUCUUCUUGCUUGGUGGUUUUGUAUAUAUUUUCUAAUUCGUACUUGUUAUAUUUAUGGCAAUCAACUAUAUUAAUGACAUGGAACAUUGCACAUUUUCUUUGAUGAUAUACUGAAGUGUGUGUUGCAUAUUGUGAAUGUGGAGGAAUUAUUGAAAA